AUGGCACCGCCCCCGCCACUUCCGCCACGAAGCCAGAGGUCCCUCCCCGACGCCGGAAGUCCCGCGGCCCUGCUUCCGCGCCGACCUCCCCCAACCCGGCGCGGAGAAAAGGAUCUGCUUCCGGCCCCGGGUGGGCGCCGGCUGGGCUCGCCGUGCGCAGCGGAUCGCAGUCCCGGGAGCGUCUUUCCCCUGUACGUUGGCGCGGGAAGCUCGGGCCGCGUCCGCGUCAGAAGAGUGCCGGUCCGGGCGCGAGGCUCGUGCGGGGCCAUGAACGGGACCGUGAACCCGCUGCUGGAUCGCGAGGAGCACUGCUUGCGGCUCGGGGAGAGCUUCGAGAAGCGGCCGCGGGCCUCUUUCCACACCAUUCGCUAUGACUUUAAGCCAGCAUCUAUAGAUACUUCUUGUGAAGGAGAGCUUCAGGUUGGCAAAGGAGAUGAAGUCACAAUUACACUACCACAUAUCCCUGGAUCUACACCACCAAUGACUGUGUUCAAGGGGAACAAACGGCCUUAUCAGAAAGACUGCGUGCUUAUCAUUAAUCAUGACACUGGUGAAUAUGUGCUGGAGAAACUCAGUAGCAGCAUUCAGGUCAAGAAAACAAGAGCCGAGGGGAGCAGUAAAAUCCAAGCUCGCAUGGAACAGCAGCCCGCUCGUCCCCCACAGCCGCCACAGCCACCACCACCUCCACCACCUAUGCCAUUCAGAGCUCCGACAAAACCUCCAGUAGGACCCAAAACUUCGCCCUUGAAAGAUAACCCCUCACCUGAACCCCAGCUGGAUGACAUCAAAAGAGAGCUGAGGGCCGAAGUUGACAUUAUUGAACAGAUGAGCAGCAGCAGCGGGAGCAGUUCCUCCGACUCGGAGAGCUCGUCAGGAAGUGAUGACGACAGCUCCAGCAGUGGGGGUGAGGACAAUGGCCCGGCGUCCCCCCUGCAGCCUGCACACCAGCAGCCCUACAAUAUCAGGCCGGCCGUCGCCAAUGGAACCAGCCGGCCACAAGGCAGCAGCCAGCUCAUGAACACACUCAGAAAUGACUUGCAGUUGAGUGAGUCUGGCAGUGACAGUGAUGACUAGACACGGCUCUUUCGAAAUCAGCUUCUCGCGCACAGAUGUGCUGCUGGACCCGGCUGCGCUCGCACAGAGCCCCGUGCUGAGAGGGACACACUGUGGAUCAGUGACUGUGUAGGAGUUUGAGGCUCUGGAGGUCUCAGAUAUUCAAGUCUUUAACUUAGUGGUGGUGGGUGAUUUUCUCGUAUAAUUUCCGAACAAUCUCCUGUUGCAAAGUAGAACUGUGAUAGAACUAACAGAAUUAUAUUUCUAUUUGAUUAACACUGUUCAUGGACAACAGAUCAAUGUGCCCUGGUCUAGGUUACUCAAAGGCCUUUAUCUCUACCAGGCCAGUGAUUCCAUUUUAAACCUCAGCAGCCACCUGUUUGGCCAGGUGGUUUGCACCAGUGAAAUGAAACCUGGUCUUUGAGGGGUAGGAGAGGGAGGGAAACCCCAAACUGCAGCAUUGAAAUACGUUAAAGCCACUUUACACUGCUGAGACAAAGUGGUAAGGAAGUUUUGUUGGACCCAACCUGAUAAGCUGUGUAGAAACAGACUUCAAGAGAGAGUCCUAGAGCAUCUGCCGGGCAGGACCUUGGAGCUCUGCUAGUUCAACCCCCUCAUUUACAAAUAAGGAAAGAGAAGCCCACGGUUAGCUACGGCUGGUCUCAUGCCCCCAGUCCAGGCUUUCCCUGCUGCUCCCUCCCUUGAAUCUCAUUUAUUGGAACUGGAGAUUAUUAUACUUGACACUGAUAGCUGUACAUUGGAGCUUUUAUUGGAUUCCAAAAGACAAAACUGUUGGGUACGUCUGACUCAGAUUCUGAUCCAGAAAAUCUCUAACUCCAUGAGGCUAGGUGAGCAGGUUAAACCAUCAGCCACCAUGCUGACACUCAAGGUACAGUCAGAUGGGGGCUCUUAGUUCCACGUAGACCCAUACUAAGGGUUCUUUAUUCAGUGCAUUCUAGUAGGGGGAGGUAGGAGUGGAAGGGAGGUGUACUGAAGGAACCUUUCCAAACAAAAGAACCAGCAGCAGGUUUUCAAAAACCAGAAUCUAGAUAGGAAGCAGUUCUGCAAUAUGAAAUGAGCACAUUCUUUGAGAAGACAUUUCUGUUCAUGCUUUUCUACCACUGUUUGUGCCUGACUCCCCGACCGAUCUGUAUUUUUGAUAUAAGAAAGUCACAAGAUUGCCUUUUUGCCAUGUGUGGUUUCCACGUGAAUCUUACAGGAAACUGGUCACUAGUAAAUGUUCCGUAUUGAGUGAAUGUGUGAUAAAUUGUCCUGUGAUUAGUAUGGAAUAGCCCAUUUCUGUAAUUGGAAUGAAUACAAUUUGAAGGUUCUGAGAAAUUUCUAUUUACUUUGGUUCAGCGGGUAUCAAGAACAUUAAAAAUGAUUUUCCUUCUUUGGGUUCCUCCACUCAAA